ACGGAGACUGUGGCGGAGCGGAGAGAGCGCACGGAGAGGAGAGCAGCUUGGAGAACAGUGGCGAGGCAGCAGUGCCGCUGACACAAGUGGCGGGACCGAACAGUCAUUUCCACCACCUCUACCACAGCUCCAGCCGGCUGCAGGUUUCUCACAAACACUGGAACUAUAGAGGCUUUACAGCCACACCACUGGCUUUGGACUUCAUCUGCAGAUCCUGUGCUGGAGUAGCGGAGGGGGGUUCUUAUUUCCCCCCACCCACCAACACCAUCGUGGACGGAGUAGUUGCGUGUGUUUGUGCGCGUUACGCCGUGUCUACUCUGUAAUGGGCAAAAGUGGACUGAGGAGUGGAGUAGCGCCGGGGGGCUCUUGUCUGGUGAGAAUGUUCGCCACGCCGGAGAUCCUGGUUCUUUUGGUGCUUACACACGCAGGAGUCGCUCAAGUAAGGGAUGAGGAUGAUUUCCUUAGCCUGAGUGAACUCCCCGAAACCUUCCCCUCCGACCCUCCAGAGCCUUUGCCUCACUUCUUGUUUGAACCUGAGGAAGGCUACAUCGUCAAGAAUAAGCCUGUGAAUCUGUACUGCAAAGCAACGCCUGCCACACAGAUUUACUUCAAAUGCAACAGUGAAUGGGUUCAUCAGAAAGACCACACAGUAGAGGAGAGAGUUGAUGAAAACUCAGGUCUAGUUGUAAGAGAAGCCAGUAUAGAAAUAACGCGGCAGCAAGUGGAGGAGCUUUUUGGUCCUGAAGAUUAUUGGUGUCAGUGUGUGGCCUGGAGCUCCGCUGGAACCACCAAAAGCCGCAAGGCACAUGUCCGAAUUGCAUACCUGAAAAAAUCAUUUGAACAAGAACCUCUUGGAAAAGAAGUGUCGUUGGAGCAGGAGGUUCUGCUACAGUGUCGUCCUCCGGAGGGCAUUCCAGCUGCUGAGGUGGAGUGGUUAAAGAAUGAAGAAAUAAUCGACCCAGCAGAAGACAGAAACUUUUAUAUCACCAUUGACCACAACUUGAUCAUUAAGCAGGCACGUCUGUCUGACACAGCCAACUAUACAUGUGUAGCUAAGAACAUUGUGGCCAAGAGACGAAGUACGACAGCCACUGUUAUUGUUUAUGUAAACGGUGGCUGGUCAACAUGGACAGAGUGGUCCCCUUGUAACAGUCGCUGUGGACGAGGCUUCCAGAAACGAACCAGAAGCUGCACCAACCCCGCUCCUCUUAAUGGAGGACUGCCUUGUGAUGGACAGGCCAUACAGAAGCUACCCUGCACCACACUGUGCACUGUGGAUGGAGUCUGGACAGACUGGAGUAAGUGGUCAGCCUGUGGGACAGAGUGCACUCAGUACAGGAGAAGAGAGUGCAACAACCCUGCACCUAAAAAUGGUGGAAAGGAUUGUGAGGGCCUGGUGCUCCAGUCUCAAAACUGUACCGAUGGGCUCUGUAUGCAAAGUUCAUUGUUUCAGAAGUCCACUGAGCCCAAAGAACACAGUGCUUUGGGAAUUCCAUCUGCCCCGAGUACAGACGAUGUGGCUCUGUAUGUGGGUAUCGUCAUCGCUGUGAUUAUGUGCCUGUUCAUCUCUGCUAUCGUGGCACUCUUUGUAUAUCGCAAGACGCACCGUGACUUUGACUCGGACAUCAUUGACACUUCAGCACUGAAUGGAGGCUUCCAGUCUGUUAAUAUAAAGACAGCCAGAUCAGCUGACCUACUGACUGCCCCUCCAGAUCUGACAAAUGCAGCUGCUAUGUAUCGUGGCCCAGUUUAUGCGCUUCACGACGUGUCCGAUAAAAUCCCGAUGACCAACUCCCCCCUCCUGGAUCCACUUCCUAACCUGAAGAUCAAAGUCUACAACUCAUCAGGUCUGGUCACACCACCAGAUGACCUGGGUGGGGACUUCACUUCAAAAUUGUCUCCUAAGGUUACUCAUUCUCUGUUGGAUAACAGUGACAGCCUAAACAUUCGCAGCCAGAGUUUAGCCCGGACAAGAGAUCCCUCCUGCACUGCUCACGGAUCCUUCAAUAGUCAGGGAGGACACCUCAUCGUGCCCAACUCAGGUGUAAGUUUGUUGGUGCCAGCAGGCGCCGUCCCACCAGGCAGAGUGUAUGAGAUGCAUGUGACUGUGCACAGAAAGGACAGCGUAAGACCCCCGGUUGAAGACAUCCAGACAGUUCUCAGCCCAGUGGUGAGUUGUGGACCCCCAGGAGUCCUGCUGACUAGACCAGUGAUCCUCACCAUCCACCACUGCGCAGACAAUGUCCACGAAGACUGGCUCAUACAGCUCAAGAACCAGCUGCCCAUGGGAGAAUGGGAGGAUGUGGUUGUGGUGGGAGAGGAAAACUUUACCACCCCCUGUUAUGUGCAGAUGGAUUUGGAGGCAUGUCACAUUUUGACAGAGACACUGGGGACGUACUGCCUGGUGGGCCAGUCAAUAGGCAAAGCAGCUGCUAAGAGGCUCAAACUGGCAGUUUUUGGGCCCGUCUCAUGCACAACUUUGGACUAUCACAUCAGGAUUUAUUGUUUGGACGACACUCAGGACGCACUUAAGGAGGUUCUUCAGAUGGAGACUCAAAUGGGAGGGAAGCUACUGGAUGAACCAAAGACUCUGAACUUCAAAGACAGCACACACAAUCUGAGACUGUCAAUCCAUGAUGUGCCACACACACACUGGAAGAGUAAACUUAUUGCAAAAUAUCAGGAGAUACCAUUUUACCAGGUGUGGAGUGGAUGUCAGAGAACUCUUCACUCCACCUUCACGCUGGAGAGGCUGAGCUCAGCCACCACAGAGAUCAGCUGCAAGCUCUGUGUUCGGCAGGUAGAAGGAGAAGGCCAAAUCUUUCAGAUCAGCAGCACAUUAGAAGAGGAAGUCCAGUGCAUAGACACAUCCCUGAUGGACCCUGCCAGUAAUAUCACAACCUUAAUGGGGCCUAAUGCCUUCCGUAUUCCUUUAUCCAUCAGACACAAGUUGUGUGGCAGUUUGGAUGCACCACAGACCAGAGGCAACGACUGGAGGAUGUUGGCUCACAAACUCAACCUGGACAGAUACCUGAACUACUUUGCCACCAAGUCCAGUCCUACAGGUGUCAUCCUGGAUCUCUGGGAAGCCCAACAUUUUCCCGAUGGAGAUCUAAAUGAACUGGCCGCUGUACUGGAAGAAAUGGGCCGUCACGACAGCAGCCUUGCCUCCAUGACAUCAGAACACUAACAAAGGAACAUUUUUAUUAUGACGGCAAAACUCCAGAGAAUUACAUGUGGAUUGUCCGUGGUUGGUGCUGCGGAUAACCCGAUCGGAUGCAAAAUCAAAGAAAAGUUGUCACCACAGUGAUUGAGCAGCACUGUUUAAAUACAGUGGCAAUUAAGCGGUCGCAGUGAAAGAAAUAGGUGCUCAAGCAGGUGCUGAUGUGUAUCAGUGUGUGAGUUUUUGGGAGUCAUGAAUACAAGAGAGAAUAUAUACUCGUCUACACGUAUAUACAAGAGGGAAAAAAAUCACAUAUUCUCCAAGCACUUACUUUCUUGCUCGUAUGAUGAACAGGGACAAGAAAAAAAAGGUAAGCAGAAAUGGAGAUACUGACCUUGAAAUCGUGUAUAGGAAGGAAACAGAAUCAUAAAGGAAGCAAAGGUAAACCAAUUACAGAGGAGUAGGGAAUGCUAGAUUGAGGAUAAACAAAGAUGCAGGUAGACUCUUCACAAAGAUGAAAGCAAACACAGAGAGCAGCUAAACUGAUUACAGAACAGAGGGAGGACAUCAACAUAAAGUGAUGGAAGCAGCGGGCAGGUGACCAUCUGGAUGGAAAGCAGAUAAUCAGAGCAGCGAUGAAGAAGACUCUUAUCUUAUAAGCCUUGGCUGUACGUGUUUGUUGGUACAGUUUUUCGUCUUUAUAUCGUCUCUUAGGGAACGUUCCUUGUAUCACGCUGUCUGUAUGCGUGGCUCAUUUUCUGCUACAGAUUUUCUGACACAGUGCUUGUUAAUCAGGAAUCCUGACUGGAAACAAGUCUGAGGAAACAGUUUUUUUUACCCCAUAGAAUGAUUUCUAAUAGACUCAAUAAUUUUAAAUCAUUUGGGUCAGGAGAGCAGGAAAGGCAAGAUCAUUUGUCAGACAAGCCAAUCCAAAGAUUGUUUUUGAAACUGGCGCCGGCGGAAAAUAUUUUUGUCGUAUUUUGCUGUGGAAGUAUCUCAAAAGAAAGAGCACCUCAUCUCCUCUUAUGUUUUGUAUAUUUUUAUUUAUUUUUUUUUGCUUUCAUAUUUCAAUUAAGAAAAUCAUUUUCCUGACAACUCAUGCUUUGUGCAACAGAGAUGCCAACUUUUUUUUAAUUUUUUUUACAUCCUGGACGGUUCCUGGCUGGCAGUUCAGGCUUGUUUCUGGAGAGGGUUUAACUCUGGGAAACAAGUCACCGAAGAUUAUUUUUUAAAUCCAGUUGUGAACCAAAUUCAGUAUUACGUGACAGUGUUUUUUCUCCUCAUUUUCACAGGAUGUCAGAUAAAUUGUCCAACUGUGACUUUGUUGGUCACUGGCACCAUCUAGUGGCCUUGGAAGAAUUACAGCAUUUAAAAUGAAACUUUUCUCCUCUUUCAUCUUCACAGUGUAAAUACAUGGGUAUAAAAUUGUUUGCAUAAUAUUAUUUUGAUUAUUAAUAGUUUAAUAGCAUAAACAUUUUUGUUUUAAUUUUAUUAUGUAUUGUUUUAACUACAUUAAUGAAUAUCUUUCACUGUUUUUCCCUGUUAUUUGUUGACAUCUAAAAAUCCAGAGCAAAGCAUUUUGUUUGGAAAAGUUAAAAUCCACAGAACUGAAGGGGCCUUUGUUAAAUAAAGUAUGACUGUUUCAAAAGUUCAGUUUGACUCAUGUCAACAGUUUUAUGUAAAUGAAAAACUCCAGCUCUGUGUUUUAUGAAUAAUUGUCAGAUGCCCCUGGAGAUGUGUAUGAUGUUUAUCAUUUAAUUAGACUACAUGAACAUCCAGCUCAAGGGAAAUGCAUAUAAAAUAUUCACAAAGGUGUAUGGAGACAUGCCAUAUAUAACUGAACAUCUAGUUUGCAGAGGAGCUUCUGUAAAGGAUCUGUAAAGGAAAGAAAAAAAAAACAAAUUUAAAGGGUAAAAAAUACUAUGUGGAAAUCCUGUGGUCGUCCUCCAAACAUUUUCUUUUUUACAAUUUUUUGUUCAAUAAGAAACUUCAGAUCUAGACCUCCUGCACAGAUGUAAAUCCAGUUGUUCAUUAUGAAAAGGUCUCUGAAUAGUUAUGUUUUAAGUAUCAGAAUUAGAACAUUUACAGUGCCUUGUAAAGGAUUUGUACCCUUUGAACUAUUCACUCUUUGUCACGUACCAUCUGCCACCUUCAGAAUAUUUUAUUGGGAUUUUUGUGACUUUCCAACCCUAAGUAAUUAAAUUUUGCCUCCUCCCCCCCAACAGCAAGUCAAAAGUUUCACUGCAGUCACAGCAGCCAGUAGUAUGGAGUAUGUUUACACCAGCUUUGCACAUCUAGAGACCAGAAUAUUUGCUGAGAAACAAAACUGCCAUGUCAGCAAAUGAUUCCACCUACACCUUUAAACAACUUUAUCUAUUGUGUUCCUUGGUUUUCAUGAUGUUGUUUGCUAAUUUUCUCUAACAAAUAUCUGAGGCCUUCACAGAACCGAGGGAUUUAUAGUGAAAAUUAACUCCACAUAUGUAAAAUCUGUGUACUAAUCAUAUGACUUCUGAUGGGAAUUAAUUUCACUGGAUUCUAUUUGGGGUAAAAGUAACCUUGACAAUCUAGACAGUUUAGAUUUUUAUUUAUAAGACAUUUUGUGAACUGUUUCAUUUUGCUUCUACUUCACAAUUAUGCAUUAUUUGACAUUUGCAAAUCACAAAAAAAUAAAAAUAAUUAUAAUCCAAUAAAAUAAAAUAAACUGUGUGGCUCUUAUCUGACAAAAUGUGAAAAAGCUCAAGACAUGCGGCAACUUUUAUAAGGUAUUGUACAAAUUGGUGGUUAUGGAACCUCUAAUUUCAGGAAAUCAAAGGGAAGGGCUGAGACACUUUAAUGUGAAGACAAGCCUAGACCAUCAGCUCUUUGGAUCUGUUUGUUUGAGAUCACAUAUAAAACAUGGAAACACCUUUCACACCGUCACUCCCAAAAAGCUUACAUGUUGGGUCCAAAAGGACACCGCUGUCCUCGUGACAGUUAAGGGUCAAAGAUGUAUUGUGACACAUUAAAGCUAAGUCAUAGUAGAUCUAUUUUUCAACUGAGUAAACAUGUUGGAGAAAAUUGUUUUUCUUUUAAAGAACGUGUUUGUUUCUGCGUUUACAGCUACCAGCAGAAUGAGCAUUUUUUUGUGUUUUUGUGUUGUAAAAAAAUGUUUUUUUCUUUCAAAAGAGGAUUCAUCCAUAUCUCCUUUGAAUUGUCCUUCAUGUUGUGAAAACAAAGAAAGUAGUGUAAAGAUAUAAAAAUAUGUAAAAAAUAUUUUUUAUCUACAAUCUGUACAGUUGUGUACUGUUGACUAUAUUUGGCAUAUUUCAGAAUUUAAAAAGCAGUACAAUUAGAUACUAGUUUGUAUGUUUUAAAGGUUCUUUUGAGUUUUUCCUUUUUUGUAAAAGCAGUGUCUACUAUGCAAAUAUUGGUUAUCAUGAUAGAAGUCUAUAGCUAGAAUUGUCCUUGUAAUUUUGCAUUUUAUUUUAUUAUGAGUGGUUUGAUUUGAUUUGAUUUGAUUAGUGUGGGAUAGUAUUGGUCCAUUUUAGCUAACUCUGGCACGCUUCAAGAGUCUUGCUUAAUAUUGCUGACUGCUUGCCUCUCUAUCUCCUCUAAUUAUUUUCUGUACAAAGUGUAAGAAAGAAUUUUUAAGACAAUUAAUAAAUUAUAUUUAUAAGCAAUGCUGAAA